UUAGAUCUGCAGCAGCGCGGCGCACUUCCUUUCCUGACGCAAGUGCCCGGCAACCCUGUCGCACGUCGUUCAUUUGUGGCCUCUGUGCAGCAAAACUGGAUAUUUCAACGACUCAGAGUAGACGGAGACCCAUCAGGAUAACGUUCACGAGGAGAUAGAUUGACCUCUUCCUUCAGCAAUGUCUCGUUUCUUCGCCACCGGGUCUGACAGUGAGUCAGAGGAGUCCUCGUCCGCCGACGAGAUCACCCCUAAAGCACCCGGGACAAAUUUCAAGCAGUCGCUGCUUCUUAGCGAUGAUGAGGAGGACACUAAGAGAGUGGUUCGCAGCGCCAAAGAUAAAAGAUUUGAGGAGUUGACCAACCUCAUCAAGACUAUCCGAAAUGCUAUGAAGAUCCGUGACAUGGCCAAAUGUCUGGAGGAAUUUGAGCAGUUAUGUCGAGCCUUCCUCAAAAGCAAGAAUAUAGUAGACAAGGAGGGUGUUCCUUCUUUCUACAUUCGUCUCCUGGCUGACUUGGAGGACUAUCUGAAUCAGCUUUGGGAGGACAAAGAGGGCAAGAAGAAGAUGAACAAGAACAAUGCAAAAGCCCUCAGUACACUGCGUCAGAAGAUCCGGAAAUACAACAGAGAUUAUGAAACAGAAGUAGCUGCAUACAAGGAGAACCCACAGGAGUCUGCAGAUGAAGAGGAGGAGAAGGAGCAGGGGGAUUCUGGCUCCUCUUCCGACAGUGAUGGGGAGGAAGGCGAUGAAGUAUCAGCCACGUCCUUCUUGAAGAAAAAACCAGAGCCUGCCCCAGAGGCCAACAAGUUCCUCAAGUCUGCCAAGGGAUCUGGGGACGAGUCCUCCUCUAGUGAUGAUGACGAGGAUGGAGAAGACUGGGGCUCGGACACGGUUGACAGUGGCAGUGAGAGUUCAGAUGACGGGGAGGGAAAGGGUGCUUCCCUGGCUUUGGUCUUCCUCAAGAAGACCCAGGAGUCUGAGAAGUCCAGCGAAAAGAAGGUGUCGAAGAAGAAGAAGCCCAAGAAGAAGGAGCGACUCGAGGAAGAGGAGGGAGGAGAGGAGGGCGAAGAGGGCGAGGGAGGCUGGGAGAAGGUGAAGGGAGGCGCCCCUCUGGUCAAGGAAAAGCCCAAGAUGUUUGCCAAAGGCACAGAGAUCAAUACAGUGGUUGUGUUGAAGAAGCUGAAUGAGAUCCUGCAAGCAAGAGGCAAAAAGGGCACGGACAGGGCUGCACAGAUUGAACUGCUCCAUGCGCUGGCUAACAUCUCUGCUGAGAACAACUUGGGCAUCGGAAUCCUGGUCAAGAUCAAGUUCAACAUCAUUGCAUCACUGUACGACUACAACCCCAACCUGGCUGCUUUCAUGAAGGCUGAUAUGUGGAAAAAGUGUCUGGAAUGUAUAGACGAGCUGCUGGACAUCCUCUUUGAGAACAACAACAUCUUCAUCGGGGAGAACAUCGCAGAGGACAGUGAGAGUCUGAGUAUUUCUGACCAGCCAUUCAGGGUGCGUGGAUGUGUCCUAACGCUGGUGGAGAGGAUGGAUGAAGAGUUCACAAAGAUCAUGCAGAACACUGAUCCCCACUCUCAGGAGUACGUUGACAAUUUGAAAGAUGAGGGUCAUGUUUGUGGCAUCAUUGACCGGCUGCUCGACUACUUGGAGAACAAGGGCAGCACAGAGGAGAUUUGCCGUAUCUACCUACGCAGGAUCAUGCACACGUACUACAAGUUUGACUACAAGGCCCACCGGCGCAGCCUGGGCCUCCAGGGAGAGUCCAAGUCUGAGCAGGACCAGGAGGAGAGCGAGGGGGAGGACAGUGCUGUGAUCAUGGACCGUCUCUGCAAGUUCAUCUAUGCCAAGGAUCGCACCGACCGCAUCCGUACCUGCGCCAUCCUCUGCCACAUCUAUCACCACGCUUUGCAUUCACGCUGGUACCAGGCCCGCGACCUGAUGCUAAUGAGCCACCUGCAGGACAACAUCCAGCACGCCGACCCGCCCGUACAGAUCCUGUACAACAGAACCAUGGUCCAACUGGGCAUCUGUGCUUUCAGGCAGGGCAUGAUCAAAGAUGCCCACAAUGCCCUGCUGGACAUCCAGUCAUCUGGCCGUGCCAAGGAACUCCUGGGUCAGGGUUUGCUCAUGAGGAACAUGCAGGAGAGGAAUGCUGAGCAGGAGAAAAUUGAAAAGAGAAGACAGGUGCCAUUCCACAUGCACAUCAACCUGGAGCUGCUGGAAUGUGUGUACCUGGUGUCAGCCAUGCUGCUGGAAAUUCCAUACAUGGCCGCCCAUGAGUUUGAUGCCCGCCGCAGGAUGAUCAGCAAGCAGUUCCAUCACCAGCUCAGGGUGGGAGAGAGACAGCCGCUGCUGGGACCCCCAGAGAGUAUGAGGGAGCACGUGGUGGCCGCCAGCAAGGCCAUGAAGAUGGGAGACUGGCGUACCUGCCACUCAUUCAUCAUCAACGAGAAAAUGAACAGCAAGGUCUGGGACCUGUUUCCCGAGACUCAGCGAGUGCGCGAGAUGCUCGUCAGGAAAAUCCAAGAGGAGUCACUGAGGACCUAUCUGUUCACAUACAGCAGUGUGUACGACUCCAUCAGCAUGGCAACGCUGUCUGAGAUGUUUGAGUUGGAGAUACCCAUGGUUCACAGCAUCAUCAGCAAGAUGAUCAUCAACGAGGAGCUGAUGGCAUCGCUCGACCAGCCCACACAGACGGUGGUGAUGCAUCGCACAGAGCCCACCUCCCUGCAGAACAUGGCCCUGCAGCUGGCUGAGAAACUGGGCAGCUUGGUGGAGAACAACGAGCGCGUCUUCGACCUCAAACAGGGCGUCUACGGAGGCUACUUCAACAGAGAUCAGAAAGGUGGCUACCAACAGAAAGGUGGCUACCAGAGAGAUCAAAAAGGUGGUUACCAGAACAAACAGGGCUACAAUCGCGGUGGCUACAACAGAAAUCACAACCAAAGCAACUACUGAGCUUGGAACGUGUAGAUUUUCCUCUUGCCACCUGAAUUGGUCUUCAUUCCAUAACAACCACCACCACACGCGUUUCUGAGCUCAGCACUUGGCCGCGUGCUGUUCUCCAUCAUUUGACUCAAAGCUGAUCCUGAAACCAGCUGCCACUGCACAUAGUGAAUCGAGUGCUGCCAACGUAAAUUGUGCAGUGUGGCUAGCUUGUGGCAGCACAGUCAGGCGACAGACACGUCAAGGGUUGUUAACUCAUACUUUAAAAUCAAAUAAACAAUAAUAAACAGUG